CAUUUUAGGAUACCGGAUCCACAAUGCGGGAGUGUAUAAAGAUUCUUGCUAAUUAGCAACUGUUCUUGAGCAAGAUAGAGAUGAUGAAACCCAGGUACAAAACCAGCUACAUAGAUUCCUCCAGCUCUGGUGAGGAUUUUGAUGACCCACAGAAAAUAUUUAGGAGCAGUGGGUCAACUGGUAGCAAGAAGCUGUUCUCGCCCUAUAAGUCCUCUUCAUCGUCAUCACACGUCAGUGGCAAAGUUUUAUGUCGGACCAAGAAGAAACGCAACAAAGGUACCGGCCCUCUUCAAAGGGGUGCUUUGGGUAAUAAAAACAAUAACAAACAAAGUACAAAAUCAUCUUCUUCAUGCGAGGAGACAGUGAAGGUCCAGUCAAGUGCACCAAGGUACAAUAGCAUAUCUUCGCAAAGUCCAAGAAACUGCAAUGUGCCAACGGUUGGAAAAUGUGCCAAUCGUCAUAGAUAUUUGUCUUUAAACAGCACACUUAAGUAUCUUAGUCCAGGGCAAUGUAAUUCAAGGAGCUUGAGCCAUCACCGGACUAGCCAUAGCAGUCAAAAGCAGUCCCUUGACAGCUCCCUUCGGUUCCCAUCAGAUAUAUUUGAUACUGAGUCAAGUUUCCCCGAGACAGAAAAUGCAGAAGCAGAAUGUGUUAGCCAGAAGUCUAACAUUUGCAGUAAGAAGGCCAGGGUCGAGGGCAGCAAGCAUUCCAAGCAAAGCAGUCCAGUUAGAAGACGGGCACGCCUCGAGCAAGAUAAACUAAGAUUCACCAACGACACCUGUGUUUCGACUGAAGAUUCACUUCCCGACUUUCCGUCGCUAGAUGCACUAAUGAGGAGAGGAAAGACUGACGACCAAACCAUAAAUGAUUGUCUCUCAAAUUGUCAGAGUGACAAAAAGGUGGUGGUGGCUUCGCUCGCAUCUAGAGAGCCAGAGAUUAGAACACCAGUGGUGAAGGUGGUUCUGUGCCGUGUAGAUGAUACGCGCUUUCUGCUAAAUGAGGAUCUCCGUUGGAAAGACAGAUUGGCUGUGUCCGACUUCCACAAGCGUAGCACUGAAGAGCAGAUGCACCAAGUGGAGACAACUCCUGGAGUUAAUGACAACUCGCCAAAGUUAAAGCAUUGCAGUCCUAGACAGCCUGGUUGCCUGGAUUGCUUUUCAAAUUUAGAGGAUUUCAUUUUGCCACAUACAAGCGAUGGUUCAUUGUCACCAUUACAUCCUCAGAAGCGCAAAUAUCACCAGAGCCAAAAACUAUUAAGAAAUAAUAUUAUUGACGACAGUACAAGCAGUGACGAUGGAGAGUUUGCGUAUUGUGAUAGAAAAGUACUAAAACCCGACUGGGGAAUAGCUGCAGAUGAGCAUGUGAAGGAGGAUAUAACUCAUGUAAAUAGCAGUGUGAAAAAUGCAAGUGACAAGAGUGUGACACAUCCAAACUUUUUUGGGGAAAGGUCAUCUACAGGUAGUGACAGAACAAAGGUUGCUUGUGACAGAAACAUAGAAAACUCUGUCUCUGUUCUUCCUGCAGAUGAAUAUAAUAGUGAAAAUAUAAAGGAAGUUCUAAGAAACAUGAAAAAUGAGGAAGGUGACAAACAAAUCAAUCAUAUAGAUAAAGUUCUUAAUACUGCGGAAUACUCGGACGAUAGCGAGAAAAUGAAGCAUCCAAACUUGUUAGUAGAAAGACUGUCUACAAGUAGUAAUAGAGCCAAGGUUCAUAGUUGUGAUAGAAACACAGACAACCGUGACUCUGUACAAACUGCAGAAGUCUAUGAUAGUGACAAUAGGAACGGAGUUCUAAAAAACAUAAAAAACGAGGAAGGUGACAAGCAUGUCAAACAACAAAACUUGAAGCGGCUAGAGCACAGACUAGGUGAUUCUGAUAAGGAACAGAUUAUUAAAGAUGUACAAGAGCUAGAGAGGUAUACAAAGAUACCUUUUUCAGAAAUUAAGAAAGCCGUAAUGAACGAGUCUCGUCUUCGAAUUCAACCUACGGUAGAAAGUUCUCUAGGUGUGCAUGCUGCGCUUUCUGUGUUUACGCACUUUAACAACAAACAGAAGCCAUCACCAACGGAAACUGUGAAUGAAGGAAAGGAGCCUUCAAGAAACCUUCAAGAUGCAGCACUGGAACCGAACAGUGAACCGCUAACCCGUGAACUAAAAGCUUCUAUCAUGAAAAUAGAGGAUGUUGCGCAAGAAAAACCAGCAGUCGUGAACGACGUCUUCAGCUUCUCGCAGGAUGAUGAAGUUAUACUAAUAUCGAGCGACGACGAGGAGGGUAUCUUGCUGGAUCGUCUAGAGGACCUUUCCUGCGGUCGUGAUACGGAUUCCUUGCCGCCAUCCAGAAAUCACGGAGAUGGUGUGACUACUACCAGCUCAGGUCGGGUUCAGUUGGGAUGCUGCGGCGAGGGAAAUGAGAGCGACGGCAGCGUCAUCAGUGUUGACUCCGGUCGCAGCGAGUCUUACGUUGAGGAGUCACAGGGCUUUGUGCUAGGCGUGGAUUCUGACACAGACGGCGAGCAGAAGAGAUACAUCUCUGGCGACUUCACGGAUGGUGUGGUCCACAGCCAGCGUAAGGAAGUGAUUGAUCUGCCGGGUCUUCCUUACGAAGAAGAGUUGAACGUAGGACCUGCAUUUCACGAACACGAAGAACCGGUCUGCCAACGCGUAAGCGACCAAUGCGACGAUGAGGUCGACAAUUCGUGUACAGAUGGCAGCAAUAUUCGAUACGUGGGUCGUAUGAAAAACACUGGCGUCCGUCGUAAGGUGCGCAUUGAUUCUACGUCAAGUAGCGACUCGAUGAUCAUAUUUAGAGAUGGCCCAGAUGUAGACUUAGAAGCAAGCCUGAGGAAAACAGUUGGGUGUUUUCCUUUCGAAAAAAGACGUGUGGAUGCGAGUGAAUGUAAGAGUAGUGAUGACGAUUUACAGGAGAAUCCGAUGCUGAUUGAACAAGAGAAAAUAUCUGAUCGAAAACUAGAAAAUGUCAAAGUGAAGGUGAUUGUGCCAGUGCUACCUCCUUCCUGGCUGAAUUGCAUUGACAAGCGGGGAUGCAUUAAUCUGCAUGAUAUGGAUGGUAAAGUGGAAGGUCAGUUCCAGGAGGACCAUCAAGCUGGCUUUGAAUCUGAUUCGACUACAAAUGAAGAAAUUACGGAGGAUAACAGGCGAAUGCAUCACAUCAUUUCAAGCCCCAAUACAGGUGCUAAUCUAUGUGAGAUCGUUGCCAAGGUUAGAAAGAACAAUGUACAGGCUACCUCCCAACUAAUUCCCAGUCGGCCACGAGAAAGCAAGCUGCAUGCUUUAGGGCGAUCGCUGCAGAAAAGUAAAAGGAACUGUGAGUCGGCCGAGUCUGUCAGUGUUCCUUCGAAUUUGGCCGAAACAAGGCGAGAUGAACCAAAGAAGUCCUGCGAUGAUACAGAAAUGAAUAAGGGAUGUAGGCGUAGGCAUCAGCGGAAGGAGAAGUGUGGUCGUACAUUCCGGGAAAAACUGACAGCACACAUCCAAGCAAGUAGGAUUCCUGUGCAAAUGUUGGCUCGCAAGGUGAAUCCGACUGCAGCGCUUUGCCAGCAGCAAGAACGCGGUGCCGGUCACAAUGAGGUCAGUCUUCCCUCUCACGUCCGAGCAACGUGCAGCGGACGGGAAGACCUGAUGCGAAAUCGAUUGAGGUUUUCGACAGGCCACCGACCCCUACCCAGCAAGGCAAAGCAGCGCUUCAAGUCCAGGAACGAUGACUUUCUGCAGAGCUUGCAAGCUGACACACUUGCUACUGAUUUCCCAGCGGACGCCAGUAGUGCAACAUCCUAA